AUGGACCUCGUCCCUUUCAUUUUUCAUGAGCGCCAGGAGCCGGGUUCACAGCUGUGUGCCCAGCACUGCCUCAACAACCUUCUCCAGCAGUCGGUCUAUAGCGAGUUCGACCUGGCCGACGUGGCUCGGAAACUUGACGACCAGGAGAACGCUGCGCGGUAUGCAGGCCAUCCAGAGGCCAGCUCAUACAACUAUGACGACACUGGCUUCUUCUCUAUCUCAGUGCUGGAGAAGGCGAUGCAGGUGUGGGACCUCACGCUCGUCCGUUGGCGCGGCGAGGCCAUGAGGCCGUACCAGGAUGAGCCAGAAGAGCAGGCCGCGUUCGUCCUCAACCUCGACUCUCACUGGUUCGCCAUUCGCCGGUUUGGCUGCUACACACGCUGGUACAACCUCAACUCGUUCCUUGAGCGUCCCGAGUGGAUCUCGCCCAUGUACCUCCACAUGGUGCUCAAACAGGCCGAGGAUGAAGGAUACUCUGUCUUCGUUAUUCGCAGAGCUGGGGAAGGUGCGGGACAGGACGCGUCUGUUGAUCCAGGAGAAGCACACGGUUGGGGUGACGGAGGUGUGGGGGAGUUCCCCGAGUCUGCGGCGGACCAGAUCGCGCUCGAGCUCGGUGAAGUGUCCAGCCGUAGUGGUGCAGGAGGCGAUGACCGGGGUGGAUCGCCGAUCAACCACUUUCCCUCAUUACAGGCUGACCCAUCUGACACUUCCCCACAUCGUGAUCCUGAGCUGGCGUCAGGAGCCGGCAGUGGCCGCCGCCGUCGGAGACAGGAGGACUUGACCUCGGACGGUGUUGAGGAGCAGGACUUGCUUCCCGGCUCGUACACGGGUAGUGGAUCGAGAACACCGCAGCCGUCUAGAAGCUAUGUCGAAGUCGCGGCAUCUGGUGCCCCAGGCGACGAGGGCGAGGAGCUCGACAACGACAUCCCAAGCAGCAGCUACGCCGGCCUAAACCUCGACGCUCUCAACUAUGGCAUGUACGGCGGCGUGACCGACUUCCAGUUCAAUAACCGUUCUUAUGACGACGAGGACGAAGCGCUCCAGGCUGCGUUGCGAGCGAGCAUGGAAGACGUGCCGGACGGCUAUGUGAUGCCGGAGCUUACACCCCUCAACGCCGUGCCUCCACCUCGCCCGUCCGCCGAGCAGCCCGACCCGCCUGCGGCGGCGCCCGAGGCCCCAAGUCCUGCACCAGCCCCGUCCGAGACGCAUGAGGAUAGCAUUAUGGAUGACACGGACGACGACGAGCCGGCGCACGAGCCGUCUCCAGAGGAGCUCCGUCGCGCUCGCUUGGCGCGUUUCCAGUAG